AUGCGCGGGAGCAGCUCUGAGCUCCUGCUGGAGGCGAGCUGCGUCCAGUGUCAGAGCGAUCAUCACGCCGGCCAGCACACCGCCAGGCAUCAUCAGCAGCAUCAGCUCGGCGAGAAACACGACUUCCAGGAGCGAGAGCUACGUCAUCGCAAACUGUUGGAGCUCGGGUUCGGCGCUUCGCGGCGCCGACCGCCACGGCGUACCUGCCGUCAGCGGUUCAACUUCUACGCCACAUCGGCGUUGGCAUUCGUCGCGACGUCCGGCGGCGCGGCCCUCCUCUUCCUGGUGCCGCUGUACGUCGAUCCGGCCAUCAGCACCCUGGCCGCCGAUUUCUCGCCGGACCCAGUCAUCUGCACCACCUCCAGGCGUGAGGAACUCGCCGGCCUGUUCAACUGCACCUGGAGCUCCUGCCGCGAGGGAUGCACCAGCGACGUCUACAGGUGUACGCAUAUAUACGUCACGUACACGCCAUGGAGCAACGCGAGCAUGAAGAACGACACCGGGGGUAGAGGCGGUUCGGCAAACUCGAGCGGCGCCGCGCACACCUCGACCACUUCUGUGCCAACGCCAGGCGACGUGGAGGCGGUACUGCUGGUGAAUAUCAAAGGGUGCGGCUAUCCGCCGAUCGUCGACUGCGAGAAUUUCACCCGCGAACUGGGCUACGAAGGCGCGAAAUUCCCCUGCCAUUACAGCCGCGUGAACGGCAGCAUAGUGAUGGCGAACUAUAACCGUGAGGCGCAGGUCACCACCAUCAUACACUUCUUCGCGGCGCCUUUCGUAGUGACUCUCGCGACCAGCGUCGCUCUGUGUGUGAUGCACUGUGACUGCAGGUGCAGUCCACCGCCACGGCAUUCGUCGCGAGGGAUCAGAAGAGGCAGGGGCAACGAUCUCAGGUAACGUGACUUUGAACGUUCGAUAAACCGUCUAAUGUCCCUGUGCAGUGAUUAUAUUGUCUUGUCGCCUGUUCCGGACUAACUUCCGGAAUUGGACGAAUUUGAUAAUUAGAAGAAUGCCUGAUUGACUGAGAGCCGCUAAAUUUGGAGUCGCUGAGUUAUGAUUUUCCGAGAGGACAACGAUGUAUUUAUUAUUGGAGUUUUGGAACAUUAUUGGAGAUAAUUUUGUUAUCAGAGUUUUUGGUAUUGUUAUAUCGGAACGUUUUUACAGUCGGAGUUGAUAUACAGAAUUUGAUGAGAAAAAUUACUAGGAAAUAUUAUUUUUAUAUCAUAUAUAUUUCUAUUGGUUUCAAUCGCGUUAAAAAAUCGUGUUGCAAAGAUAUUGUAAUUUAAGUAAUCUAUUAGCUAAUAAUAUUUUGAGGGUCGGUAUCAUCAAAAUAUCCUAG